AUGAUUAAUUUGGCGAUUAUUGCUCUAUUUUUCUCUCAAGGUUACUCAAUUUCAACUCCAGCUCCAUCUGGAAUUCAAAAUCCAGAUGAACCCGAAAUCAAAUUGGUGAAUCUUCACAAAAAAGGAACGAUUAAAUACCGAAUUGAAGGUGAUCUACUAUACAGAGAUGGGCAUAAUUGCUCGGCCGAGCUUGGAAUGGUUGGUGGAAUACAAUAUUUGGAAUUUGCAAGGCAUUGCGAAUACAUUGGAAUUGCUAUACACGAGUUGAUGCACGUGCUAGGAGUUCAUCACACAAUGGUACGAAUGGAUCGUGACAAAUAUGUGACAAUAAACCCACACAUAAGUGAUUCAUUUUUCAAAUAUAAUACGAGAAUUACGAAAACCAAAAACAUUGUACCAUAUGAAUAUGCAAGUGUAAUGCAUUAUGAAAGCAAAUACGAAGGGCAACCCUCAAUUUUUCCCAAAGACACAAAUUAUACUCGUUCGUUGGGUCGUCCAAUUGCUACAUUUUAUGACAUCAAAGCAAUCAAUGAUUUCUACGAAUGUAAAUGCGAUUCGGCAAAUUUGCAAUGUGAAAAUGGCGGUUAUCCGAAUCCAGCGGACUGCUCAAACUGUCUUUGCCCCCUCGGAUAUGGCGGAAAACUGUGCAAUGAAAUUCCUGAAAAUGGAGAAACGCUCGAAGCUUCAACAGAAUGGAAGACACAUAGAAGCUCCAUUGGAAGCCCAUCAUAUUACCUAAAAGACGAUUUCGAGUUCAAAACAAUUCAUAUUAAGGCUCUUCUUCUCGUCGUCAUCUGCUCGAUCGCAAUGGUUGAAGCUCUCGAUUCGAGAACGAUAAGAUUCAAACAGCACCGAAAAAUUUCAUCGAGACCGCACUACAACAUCCGCAAAUCUUACUCAGGAAGCAUGAGAUGCCAUGAAGAAUCCGACUGUCCCGACGAUCGAAUCUGCGAUGACGGAUUCUGUUUGAAUGUCGAUCAGCUCUUCGAGAAAUACGACAAUUCUAAUGAAUACUAG